AAUGCCUAGAAAAUUACAGUAAAAUCGAGCCCUAAUUUAGCGGGAGGGAAAAAACCCUAGCCCUAAUUUUGAUAAUAGCUCUCAGGGAUCUCUACCAGAUUUUUGAGUUUUGGGCUGAGAUGGACAUAAUUUCCCAACUACAAGAACAUUUGAAUACGAUGGCAUCCCUUGCAUUCAAUACCUUUGGGACACUUCAAAGGGAUGCCCCUCCUGUUCGUCUGUCACCUAAUUAUCCAGAGCCUCCUAUUACUAAGGCCGCAGAGGAUGAUACUGCUGAUCUUGCAGAGCAACCCAAACUCAUGAGUGCCGACUUAGUGAAAGCUGCCAAGCAGUUCGAUGCAUUGGUUGCUGCACUUCCAUUAUCUGAGGGAGGGGAAGAAGUUCAAUUGAAAAAAAUUGCAGAACUCCAGGCUGAAAAUGACGCAGUAGGCCAAGAACUUCAAAAGCAAUUAGAAGCUGCAGAAAAAGAACUAAAGCAGGUGCAGGAGUUGUUCAGCCAAGCAACAGAUAACUGCUUGAACUUGAAGAAACCAGACUGAUGCAACGGAUACCCCAACUGGAUGACCAAGAAAAUAGAGCGGCGGUUUCACUCGUCUCUGUACCGUAGUAUAUGUUCUUGGUCAGUCAGUUUCAUGAUUAUCUAUUGAAACUGUCCUAACUGAGAAGCAUAGUUCUCCGUAAUGUGAUAAGCCUUGAACCAUAUGAUGAAGCGCUAGUUACUUGAACUUUCAGAUUUGUUAUUACACUGAACCUAUAUCGGAAC